AUGAUUGCUCUUCGUGGCAAAAAUGGCGUGGUCACGGCUGUUGAUAAGGUGAUAACUUCGAAGAUGUAUGAAGAGAACGCGAACCCGCGCAUGUUCAGCGCUAAUGAAGACAUUGGAAUCGCGCUGGCAGGGGUUUACCCUGAUUGCCGAGCUCUGAAAGAUUACGCAUGCAACGAGGCUGUGAAAUACCUCAAAGACUAUCGACAACCAAUGCCAAUCCAGAAACUUGCCAACGCGCUAGCUGAAUAUGUCCAUGUCUUCACGCUUGGUAUCAGUCGACCAUUCGGUGCAUCGGCUUUUUUCACUUCGUGGAAUGAGAAGGUUUGCUCGUUUGAUUUUUGGGGCCCUUCUGAGAAACUUCUGUGGCUGUUUUUUUAA